GCGCGAGUCAAGUGAACCUACCGAAAGGUGGAGUUGACCGACCGCAGCAGGUUUUCACUGAGGAACCUGGAAAUUUCAACCUCCCAAGGCAACUUGACUGACAAUAACGCCGAGUCCUUAAUCUUUAACAGAAGAGCCAGCGGCACCGGAGUUAAGGCAACAAGACAGUGGGGAGAAAGUAAAACCCGGAGGGAAAAGCGCCCGAAGUGAGCUUCAGGAUCAAAAGCUACUGCUAACUUAGCCAGUUGUUUAGAAAUAAUUACACGGAAACUGGUGUUCCUUAAUUUGUCGGAUUCUUUGACAUAGUUGUUUGGGUUAAAAAGUAGGUGGUUUGGGAAAAAUUGUUAACUUCUGUGCUAUAUUUAAUUUAAUUAUCGAAGGGUUUUGCCGUAACACUUAGGCCACAGGCGACAGUAGCCGGUCUUUUUUUGAGGGUACACCGGCUCUGGUCUGGUGCUACAGCUAAAGAUAGUUCAGCCUUUUUUUCCCGGGAGGUAUCAGUUUUAACAAGUUAGAUUAAAUUUGGUACUUUCUAAGCCUUCGCAAUGCUGAAACCCCAGCAGCAACCCGGUUCAGGAGGGAGAAAGGCGUCUAACGGAACAUCAGGCCCUGGCGGCAUGUCUUCCCCAGUCAGCGGCAACAGGACACCGGGUUCAAGAAAUCGAACUUCUGCAAAACCCUCUUUCCAGUCAUCCCCCGUGUUUGAGGGUGUGUACAACAAUGCCAGAAUGCUUCAUUUCCUUACAGCUGUUGUGGGAUCCACUUGUGACAUAAGAGUGAAAAAUGGCAGUGUGUUUGAAGGCAUAUUCAAGACUCUCAGUUCUCGGUGUGAAUUAGCUGUGGAUGCUGUACAUAAAUGCAGUGAGGAAGAAGGAUCAACAUCAGCUCCACCACGGAGGGAGGAAAUUACAGACACCAUGAUCUUCAGCCCAUCAGAUCUGGUUACAAUGAUCUGCAGAGACGUUGACCUCAACUUUGCCACUCGAGACUCUUUUACAGACACAGCCAUCAGCUCCAGCCGCAUCAAUGGAGAACAUAAAGAGAAGGUUUUACAGAAAUGGGAAAGCGACAGCAAUGGAGAAAGUUAUGAUCUUGAAAAUGAUGCAUCCAAUGGGUGGGAUGCCAAUGAGAUGUUCCGCUACAAUGAAGUUAAAUAUGGUGUCACAUCGACGUAUGAUUCCAGCCUCUCCAUGUACACUGUUCCAUUAGAGAGGGGCAACUCGGAGGUCUUUCGGCAGAGGGAGGCACGUGCUGCUCGCCUCGCCAGUGAGAUUGAAUCAAGCCCGCAGUAUCGUCGUCGUGUCAGCCUGGAAAACGAGGAAGGCAAAAGUGAGGAGGAAAAAUACAGCUCUGUGCUGAGGGAGGGCGGCGAUCGGGAAAGGGAUCAUGAGAGUCCCCGGGAACGAGGUCGGGACAGUCCUGGAGCCAGUAGCAGAGAUGGGAAGUACAUUCCACUACCUCAACGUCAGAGAGAGCUGAACCGAGAGAGAGCUGAGAGAGGUUCUGGUGGGCCUCCACCACACAGUCGUCUCAGCGGAGGGUACCGCCCUUCUCCUACAUCCUCAUCCUCUCCAAGACCCCCACUCUCCUCUGCUGGUGGAGCCCAGCCUGGAGUUUCUCCAUCAGAGAGAAGCAGCCCUCUGUCAAGUCGAGGUGGGGCUUACACUCCCCACCACCCACAGGGCAGCCCCAGCCCAGGUUCUGGUGCUGCAAGCCCAUACACACCUGCCUCUCCUGGCGGACCUGCAUCCACCUCUGCUUCUAAUGCCACCUCCCCGUCCAGCCCUCCUGCUCCUCAUGGACAUGCAGUCCCUCAUUCUCACUCACUCCCACUCUCUCUGUCCGACGCUGGCCGAUCUGUCAAUGGAGUUUCUGUUAGAACAUCUCCCAAAGCCCAAAGACCUCCACAGUCGAGCAGGACAAACCGAAAUCCAAACUUUCACCCUCAGCCCACAGCUGUUCGUUCUCCAAAAUCAGGCUCUUCACAGGACACACCUUAUUUGGACACUUCGUCCGUCUCCCUGCCUGUCCAGAAGACGUCUGGCCCCGCCCCUCUCUUCCCUGUAGAUGUGAAUGAGAUCCUUGGUGCAGCUGCAAAAGAACGAUCUGCAGAGAGCCCAAGCAGCACAGAAGACAGCAAAAACAGUAAAGCUCCUUCAGUUCAGCAGAGAUCACAGAUUGAAGAGCUGCGGAAAUUUGGCAAAGAAUUCAGGCUGCAGCCAAGUGCAGGCAGCUCUAGCUCGCCCACGUCUCCAGCAGCAGCGACGCCUCCUUCAGUCGGUGAAGUCACCCAGCCGAGCGCAGCUAAGCCUCCUACGACAGACGUGCACCCUGCUUCAGAGCCCAAGUCUCAGCCUCCAGCUCCCAGCUCGUCACAGCAUUCAUUGCCGUCCUCCGAGGAGCCCAUCAAGGACACAUCAGCAACGCUGGGUGGUGCAGCUGUGACGACCACUGCACCCAUUUCAGACAGACAAUCACCAUCAACCCCUCAGCCAGCCAGGACCCCAGGAAGUGAGGAUGCAAGGUCUGAGACGACGGAGCGGACAGACGGUGUGGCAGACCAAGUGAAGAAAUCAACUUUAAACCCAAAUGCUAAAGAGUUCAACCCCGUCAAAUCCCAAAUGCCCAUGACGAAGCCCAACACAGCACCCACCCCACCCCGUCCAACACCUCCAAGCCCGGUGGUCCUGCAGCACCCAGGCAGCCAGCUCUAUAAUACUCCCUACCUCUCCUAUGUUUCACAGAUCCACCCUGUGCAGCCCCCACAAAUGUACCAGUACACAAUGUCCACAGUUAACCAAGGAAAAUACCCCAGGACCAAAGGAUCAGUAGUGGCUCCACGCUCUGAUCAUGGUACUUCAGCACCACCAAUGCUUCAAGCUGCUGCAUCAGCUGCUGGAGCUCCUCUGGUGGCGUCCCCCUACCCUCAGUCCUAUCUUCAGUACAACCCCCAGCAGUACGGCCAUCAGCAGGUCCUCCAGGCCAUGGCACCCUACCCUGGACAGCCAAUGUACUCCAUGCUUCAGAGUGGAGCGAGGAUGAUAAGUCAAGGUGGUGGUCCUCAUCCACAAGCUCUCGGUCCACCUGGAGCUCCUCAGUUCCCUUCACAGGGUGAUGGAUCUCAAGGACCACAGCAGGGCAUCUAUGCUCCACAGUCGUUCUCUCAUCACUCGGGUGCAGUUCAUCAUCCUCAGCCUUCCAGUACCCCAACAGGCAACCAGCCCCCACCCCAGCAUGCUGCCCCCAGCCCUGGACAGAACACCCAGUCGGGCCCUCAGCCUCAGUCAUUGUACCACUCAGGUCCCUUGUCGGCACCCACACCCCCCAACAUGGCUCCAGGUCACACGUCUCCACAAGGCUCUUACCCCAUCCAGGGCUACAGUAUCCACAGCCACCAGGGCAUCCCGUCAACCUACCCCUUGGGGCAGCUAGCACAGGCCCACGUCCAAGGAGCCAUGCCAGGUCCUCACCACUCAGGCAGCCAUGGUCAGCCCCAGUUAGUAAUGUUGCAGACUCCUCAGCAGGGUCCCGGCGGAGUGCCCCAGCACCCUCAGCACGGACCUCAGCAAGGAGCACACCAGCACUUUUACAUAGGACACCCACAAGCGAUGCAGGUACAAACUCACCCUGCUUCCUUCCACCCACCUGGAAAUUAAAACCUCUCUGCCUCUGUGACGUCCUGAACUUUUCUCACCCGGCCUGUUGCACAUGAAGUCCAGAAAAACACAGCUCAAAAAAAUUCUCAGAAUCAUAUGGAGAGAAGAGCCCUCGCAACACCGUACUGUUCUGCUGUAAUGAUGUCCAUCAGAACAAAUCUCACCGUCAGCCCCAAACAAGGAGGACAUUUUUAAUGGUAAUGAUGAAGUCGAGAGGACCGCAGCAGCAUCCAACCCCUCCUGCUGCGCUGUUCCCUCCAGCUUCUUCCCAGUUUUUCUUUUAGCCAUGAGGCACCUUGCUGGGUGGACCCGUAGGAGAAAGAAAACCAGGUGGAAAAACAGCAGCAGACUUUUCUUUUCUCCCUUCCAGAAAUGUGUUUUUAACCAUAAGGUUUUGUGAAUACCAGAACACAAAUGUUAAACAAAGACUGCCAUAAGAAUCUUAGGACUACAGCAAGACAGGAGGGAUGUGAAGACAUGAGGGGAUUUUUAGAAUUUUUUUAAAAACUCAAUCUAAUAGUUAAGACCACCCCUUUGCCCAUCUUCUCCUGUAGGAAAAUAUAAUUAAUAAAAAAUGGACA